CUUGACUCUCGCUCACACUCUCUCUCUCUCUCUCUCUCUCUCCAUAAUUUCUUGCUCCAACCUCUCUCUUCCAUGUGGGAUGUGGCUAUAGUCUUUCACUGCACCUUCCUCGCCCCCUUUCUCUCCUUCCUUUCUUCCGCCCAAUUUUUUUUUCCUCUCUCUCUCUCUCUGACUCGCAUCUUUUCCUCGAAUAAUUGGUAACCUUCUUCUUCUUCUUCUCUCUCUCUCUCUCUCUCUCCCGCUGUUCGCACGCGGCGCUUCCUCUUUUGCGUUUCUACUGUUCCUUUAUCUGCUUUUAAGUUUUACCGACAAUUCCAAUUCCAAUCCGUCCAUGCGUCGUCGUUAGUGAUUUCUCGAGAGGCCGUGUUUACAUACUCCCAGCUCCAGACCUUUUUUUUUCUUAGAAACUCGAUUUGGUAGUUGGUGGGAUUGGCGAUUCUCCCUAAAUCGAGCUUGUAGCAUAGAUUUUGCUCAAAUCCGAUUCCAAUUGCUUGCGAGAGACACUGUUCCAGUUUGAGCUCUGUAGCAUAGAUUUUGCUCAAAAUCCGAUUCCCAUUGCUUCCGUAAUAGGAGAUACACUGUUGAUUGUAACGCAUCAGCUUGAGAGAGAGAGAGAGAGGAGAUGGUUUCAGAGACUUGGUUUCGUAACCUGUUGAGAUUCCCAAAGAAGAACGAAUCUCACAAAGAGAAGAAGGAUGUGCUCGGAGUGUUAGCCUACGAGGUCGCUAGCUUACUCUCCAAACUCGUCCAUCUCUGGCAGUCCCUGAGCGACAAGAACGUCACGAGGCUCAGGCAAGAGAUCACGCGCUCCACGGGCAUCAAGAAGCUGGUCUCGGAGGACGACGAUUUCGUGGUGAGGCUGAUACGCGACGAGAUGAUGGAGAGCGUCGAGGCCGUGGCGAAAGCCGUGGCUAGGCUCGCCGCGAGGUGCAACGACCCCAAGCUGAAGAGCUUCGAGAGCUGUUUCGGCGAGAUGAUGAAGACGGGGGCUGAUCCUUACGGGUGGCAGUUCGGGUGGAAGAAGAUGGAUAGGAAGGCUAAGAGGAUGGAGCGGUUUAUCUCGUCUAAUGCGAGUCUUUACCAGGAGACGGAGAUCCUGACGGAGCUUGAGCAGAGUCUCAAGAGGAGGAUGAGUAAUGAGUCGGCCACUGAUAAUCUGUUGGAGUAUAAGAAGAAGGUGACGUGGAAAAGGCAUGAGGUGAAGAACCUGAGGGAGGUGUCGCUUUGGAACCGUACUUAUGACUACACCGUGCUUCUCUUGGUGAGAUCGGUUUUCACUAUCCUGACUAGGACGAAACAUGUUUUCGGGAUUAGUUACAGGGCAGAGGCUAGCGAUGUCAGCUCUGCGGAUUCUGAUUUCAUCGCUCGAGGCCACUCGGUUUCCACGGUUUUGACGCAUCAGUCUGAGACUACUACCCGUCCUCCUAGAUUUGCUUCUGGUCCGCUUGGGAGGUUUACUGGUCCGGCAUCAGGUUCGGUCGCUACGAAGUCCACGAAGAUGGGUGAUUUCCUCUCGGGUUCUCUCAGCGCUCAGUCCCCUAAGUCAGGUCCUCUUGCCCCGGAGAAGAACAAACGUUUCAAGUUUUACUCGGGUCCUCUUGGGAAGUUCACCUCUAAAUCAGGACCACUUAUGGGGAUGGGAAAACACAACAAGAAGACGGUGCAGCAGACACCGGAAAGGCCUUCGGUUUCCUCGGCGAAAAAGCAGUCAAAACCCAACCGGUUAACACAGAUUGGUCCCUUUAAAGGCUGCAUGGUAUCUCAAGACGGUGUUACUCCUCUCAGCGCUAGGACCCAGAACGGAGCUAGGAAUAGUAGUGCGGAGCAUCAUAUCCUCGAAGGAAGUUCCAACGCUGUCCACGUCGAAAAUCCAGCACCUCCUUCCCGACCCAAGUUGUCAGAUGCUGCUCCUAACACCCUCGGCGCCGCUUGCUUAGCGUUACACUACGCUAAUGUCAUCAUCGUGAUAGAGAGAUUCGUUGCGUCUCCUCACUUGAUAGGCGAUGAUGCGAGAGACGACCUUUACAACAUGUUAACUGCGAGCGUGAGAAAGUCGCUGAGAGAGAGGCUAAAGCCCUACUCGAAAAACUUGAGUUCUUCCGCGGUUUAUGAUCCAGGGCUAGCGAAAGAGUGGACAGACGCAAUGGCGGGUAUCUUGGAAUGGUUGGGUCCGUUAGCUCACAACAUGAUAAAAUGGCAGUCCGAGAGGAGUUACGAGAACCAAAGCUUGGUGUCGAGGACGCACAUAGUUCUUGCGCAAACUCUUUUCUUUGCAAACCAGCAGAAAACAGAAACCAUCAUCACGGAGCUUCUUGUUGGGCUCAACUAUGUCUGGAGAUAUGGAAGAGAACUUAACGCCAAGGCUCUUCAAGAGUGUACCAGUAGUCAAACCCUUGAGAAAUGUUUAGACACAGAUAACUAGUGAAGAAGCUCUCCAAGACACUACAUUUUUUAACUGCUUCUUUGACCUAAACUGGCACUGGAACUCCUCACCCCCGGGGAAAAUCCAAACCGUGCAGCUUGGACCAAACCCGAGGAGGACGAAAAGCUGUUUCAUUGCUUGAUUACCACGAGAGGUAUUAUAAUGUGAGCAUCUCUUUUAUCUUCUUCUCUCUCCUUUCUUAUUCUGACUUGUAGUAGAAUGUGAUGAUGCGUUGUAUAUUGUUUCUACGAUUUUAUUGUGGUUGAGAUACAUACUACUACUGCAUAUGCGUGAUGUGCCAAGGUUGUUUUUGAUUAUUGUAAAAUCCAGUGGUGGGUGAUGAUACAGGAGAAUCCUUGAUUUGGGGGAUAUUAAGUUCCGACAUGUCCAAGUUGUCUGUCUGUAUUAUUUAUAACUCCUGCUUCUCUU